GCUAUUUCGUGUCCUGCGCUUUUCGUCUCUAACGCCGAUCCUCCGACUGGUAUUUGCUCCAGUGCUGAUUUAAGCUACCAGACCUACUGUUCCUUCAAAUGCCUUGCUGGGUACCAGCUGAAAGGCUCUGAGGUGCGUGUCUGUCAACACGACAAGACAUGGUCUGGAACUCCAUCGACCUGUGAAGGUAAUCGACGUAUAUAAAUCAUAUCUAAUAUUAAUCAAGAACUGUCAUAAAUGUUUAAACCGUUGCUAUGAGCACCACCAGAGGCAUUAUCGUCGAUCUGUUCACGUCCUGACAGCCGAAUCUUUAUUCUUUCAAGCAAAUUAUUUUAUUUGUUUUCAUUUUUAGAAAUUCGCUGCCCUAAACUUCCGUCCGUCAAGUACGCAACAGUGGUUCCAAAUAUCUGUGGCGACCAGUCAAUGAGAUUUUACUCAUCCUGCACAUUUUCAUGUCCAGAUGGCUUUACUACGGAAGUUACUGCACCCCACAUAGCUUCGAGAGUUUUAACGUGUCAACUUAAUGGCGAAUGGGACGCUCAAGUUCCUCAAUGCCAUGGCAAGCGUUUUCCGCUUUUUGUUUGAGGUUUUUGCCAAAAUUAGAGGGAUUUUCGUAUGACCUUGAAAUGAAAACGAGAGAACAAAACAGAAACGACAAACGAUCGAAAGUAGAGCGAUUUGGUUGGUUUAUCGAACGGAUAAAAACGCGCAUGUCUUUUGGUUGGUAAAGCGAACGCUCGGGUGAAAAAACCUCAUGCCCGAGAACUUUCUAGAAAUCAACAGAUACUUCGCUUUAACGUCAUACUGCAACCCGAUUGGCUAAUCUACCAAUGCCUCCUCCAUGUUAGGAUUUUCUUUGGCGGGAAAACGAAGAAGCCAUAUUUUGAUUUUUUCAUCCAUUGGCUGAUAAACUAAAAACAGAUAACGAACAAUUUCCGAAACCAUUUUUCAAGGUUAUACGAAAAUCGCUCUAUCCAGAGAAAAGCAUACAUUCACUGGAUACCAAAAUUGGAUAGUACUAUUCAAAUCAGUUAUCCGCGCUUGAAAUUUAAAAGUAAAAAUUUCGUCUUUUUUUGGUUUCUUAUAUAAUCAAUUUUUUCGCUUGUUCAGUAAGAAAUGCUAGAAAUAGUGGAAGCCCAACCUGUUUUACAAAUAGGUCCCCCUUGUAAAUAUGAAAAAAAGGGCUUGAUAUCAAUGGAUUUAAAACUUCCAGCCGGUGCUUCAAACUAAAAAUGAACAUGGACAAUUAAAACUUUGUAAAAAAAGAAAUUUCAUGCAAUAAACGCUGGCACCAGUUUGAUUCAAACAAGGAAAGGUGAGCAAACAGAACUUCACUUCAAAGAACACAGGGCAAUGACAUGCACCACUAAUUAGUCAAUUUCAAUAAAAGACUUCAUUUUUUUAUGAAAUCAGGAUCAUGAUUAUUUUAGUUCAUGUGACUAUCCAUUAACUUUGAGCAAGUAUAGACUGUGAGGCAGUUUAUCUUUUUCUUCAGAUUUAGGGAGGGUAGUGCACGCGCGUGCGAGCGUUAAGCGGCAAAGCAGCGAGACGCUAGAAACUAAAGAAGGAAGCCCGAGAAGUCAGUCACGCGCGUGUUUAUUUUCGUAUCUCGCGCGUUUCCCUCAAAUGACUGAGAAAAACAGGUCAAAAUAGGUACUGAUUGUCGUCUACUCUGAGCAAUGCUGUUAAUUGUUUUUAGAAUCUAGGCUGUCAACUUACACUGGUCAAGUGGAGAAUUUAGGACUCAGUAUCCAUUUUAGCCACAUACUUUGUCCUUUGUUUGCAGAAACGCCUUUUUUUUCAACUAAAUAUAUUUACGAAUUAAAUUUGUCUAAUUUAUAGAUUAUCAGCCCCCAACGAUAACGUGUCCUGACAUAAGAGGUCAUACAACCAAAGGAAAAGCGACAGGAAAGGUAUCAUGGAAUAUCCAGGUGACAGACAAUUCUGCAAAUGUGGAUCCCAAUGCGAAGAUAAAUGUAGCCUCAUCUCAAGAAUUUCCUAUUGGUGAAAAUGACGUUCAGGUUGCUGCUAGUGACAACAAUGGAAAUACAGCAAUAUGCAGAUUUAGCGUUUACAUUGAAGGUUAAUAGAUAAAAAGUGAAAAACUUCAGGCCUCUUCCACUCGUAUCAGGAUAUUUUUUGAAAAUGGAGAUUUUUUUCUCCAGUUUCGAAAGAGCUUCUCUUAUAGGGCAUGCUUUGUAUGACUUAUGACAUCAUUGUGUUUUUGUCCGUACACACGAAAACGAUAAGCCGGCGUUUUCAAAAAACUCUACUCUUCCGGUGCCUGAAAGAGCCGUUUGGUCGGUAGGCCAAAAGCGAGAAAAAAAAAUACUGAUAAUAAAAAAUAUCCGGAUACGUGGGCCUUAGACUCUUCGGCUAGUGAUUUCAAGCUUCUCUCGUGUUCUCCCAAACAUGAAUAUAUUAUUCAGGGUAGGACCUUACUAAGUUAAAUUGCUAAACUAAAAACCAUACAAUAUUCAUUACUCAAUUGAGGGACGAC